UGGCGCACGCGCGGCUGCCGCCCGGCGCCGUUGAAGUGGCGGGACCCGCCCGGCGCGGCCCCCCCGGGUUACCCCGCGGGCACCGCGACUGGCCUCGGGCAGCGCCCCUGCCUCCCGCGGUUGCGGCCGAAAUCCUUCUGUUGGGAUUCUGAACUAUGACAUCAUGGCAAGAUUUCGCAGAAGAACAUGCAUCAUUUUGUUGCUUUUUAUUUUGUUUAUUUGCUCCAUAAUGAUGGCUUUGAAGACACUGAGACCUGACAGAGCUGGCUUUGGGGAUCCAUUUGGACUUGGUUUGUUGCCUGAGCUUCAACAACGAACAGUUCUCUUAGACAAUAAGCAGAAUUCACUGAAUAGGGUUCAAGGAGACACUGUAACACGUGUCAGUAAUUUGCACAGUAUUGCUGUCAAUACUAUGAAAGCAUCUAUGCCUCCUGUAAAUAAGCUGGAAGAGGAGCUGUCUUCUCCUAAUUAUAACUUUCACAUAUUUUACUAUACUUGGUAUGGGAAUCCACAGUUUGAUGGUAAAUAUAUUCACUGGAACCAUCCACUGUUGCCGCAUUGGGAUCCUAAAAUUGCGAACAAUUAUCCAAAGGGAAGGCAUAAUCCUCCUGAGGACAUUGGGGCCAACUUUUAUCCUGAACUCGGAUCUUACAGUUCCAAAGACCCUACUGUCAUAGAAGCCCACAUGAAACAAAUGCGUUCAGCUUCAACUGGUGUAAUAGUACUUUCAUGGUACCCACCAGGUAUGGCUGAUGAAAAUGGAGAGCCAACUGAUGAUUUGGUGCCUGUUAUUUUGGACUAUGCACACAAAUAUAAUCUAAAGGUCACUUUUCAUAUUGAACCUUACAAAGACAGAGAUGAUCGCAGUAUGUACCACAAUGUCAAGUACAUCAUUGACAAAUACGGAGGCCAUCCGGCCUUUUACAGGCAGAAGACCAGCACAGGCAAAUUUCUUCCCAUGUUUUACGUUUACGAUUCUUACGUAACAAUUCCUGAAAUAUGGGCAAAUCUGCUAACUCUUUCUGGAUCCCAGAGUAUUCGAAAUACUCCCUAUGAUGCAUUAUUCAUUGCGCUUCUUGUAGAAGAAAGACAUAAGCAUGACAUUCACAGAAGUGGUUUUGAUGGAAUGUACACGUACUUUGCCACCAAUGGCUUCUCCUAUGGCUCAUCUCAUCAUAAUUGGGCAGGUUUAAAAGCCUUUUGUGAUAGUAACAACUUAAUGUUUAUUCCAAGUGUGGGCCCAGGCUAUAUUGAUACCAGUAUCCGACCAUGGAACAACCACAACACCCGUAACCGUGUCAAUGGGAAGUACUAUGAGACUGCCUUCAGCGCAGCCCUUCUGGUCCGACCGGAAAUUAUCUCUAUUACAUCUUUUAAUGAAUGGCACGAGGGAACUCAGAUUGAAAAAGCUGUCCCUAAACGGACUGGACAGGUGGUUUACCUUGAUUAUAAACCGCAUAAGCCAAAUAUUUACCUAGAGCUUACUCAGAAGUGGUCUGAGAAGUACAGAAAAGAACAAGAACAGUGGCUUAUGUGAGCUGUCCCUGCUGCAGUUGUUGUUCCCUAAUGCAUUGACUGUAUUGAGAAAGAAAUUGAGAGCUGAAGAGUAUGUUAUUAAAUGUCUUUAUUGUAUCUGUUGAAUGUAUAUGCACUACUACUGAAUUCUAAUUUUGAAAAGUAAAAAGAUUAUGAGAAUAUUGGCAAUUCUGUCUUAUUGGAUAGUUUAGUUCAAGAAUAUUCAGGGAAAUCUGAAGGGUUAUUUGUUUCUUUUUUAAACUUCAUAACUUGCAUUCUGAGCUUCCAGAACAUCUGCAUGGGAUAACUCUACAUGACCAAAGUAUAACAAAAAAUUGGCGUAGUUCUACUUACUUCCUUUAUUCUUGUACUUGUGUUUCUAAUAAAAGUGAUGCUGUAAUCUAAGUUUUUUAUGCUCAUAGCUACUUGCAGGAUGCAUGUCUAUACUGUAUGGAAUAAUCUGCAUCUACUGUUUUUAAUGCUUUACACACAGGGACUUCUUGACAUAUGACUAGCUUGUGGUAAAAGCACUGAAGAGGUAUGUGUGAUGAAACAUCACUGUGGUUUUUUGAAAAUAGAAAAGUCUUUGAAAGAAAGUUCCAAAGAAUUGCUGAAAGACUUUUAGUUUACUUACAUUUUUUUCUGUUUGGUACGUGGUGUAGACUUUUGCAGAUUACAGGGGUAGUGACCAGGAACCUUUUUUUUUUCUAUAUUACUUUCAAUACAAAAUAAUAAUGUUUGGGACAAAUUGGAAAAUAUUUUUUUUGAGUGGGGGAAAAACUCCUAAACAUGCAAAAAAUAUACUAAACCUUCCACUUUUAUUUAUUGUCUGCUAAUUGACUGCAGACACAGAUCUGGCAUGUUUUUUAAAAUGUGUAAACUUUCUAAACCAAACACCUUACUAGUCCUACAAUAAAUAUAAUUGUAGGAAAUAGGUUUUUUGUUUCUGAUUUAGGAGCUGCCUAGUUUGGUUUCAAUGCCAGCAACUACCUGUUAGUUUAAUUUGAAAUCUGAGAUUUCUAUUUUUCAUAUAGUUUAUUUAGUUUUUUGAGGAUUCAGAAUAGUAGAUACUAAAAUCUUGCUGUCAUUCAGAUAAGCACCCUACCAAUGCUACCUGUAACACUGUGGUGUGGCUGUAAAUGACUAUUUUCAGUCCAAGAAUCUCACUUUUCAAAUGUUGUAAUUAUGAACUGGGGUUUUUUAUGAGGUUUGAAAAGUUCAAGUCACAUGGACAUAUCUCCUCAGCAGUCCUUUUUUGGGGAUUUUCAUAGAGUUUCAUAACAAAAUCCUGAACUUUGGAUUAGUAGAAAUUGCAGUGUUUUGUUUAUUUGCAGAAAGUGUCUAAUCCAUAGCAAAAAGGAUUUUUUUUAAAUUGUUUAUUUUUUUAAUCUAUGUAUAAGGUGCUGAUCCUGUGUUUUAGUUCAUAUGCUGAAACUGUUGUGACCACUAGUAACCACUAGAAUUCCAUUGAUUUCAGCAGGACCCAUGAAAAUCACAUUCUUUACUUGGUUCUCACUGUAAUCUGUCCAUGAAGUUGUAAAGUGAAUGUGAGGACUUCUGGUUAGAAAAGAAACGAAACCAAACCAGUAUGUUUUUUCCAGAAAACUUUGUCAUUCCAAAUAAACAUAAGUCAGUUACUACUAAUAAUUUUUAGAGUCUUUCUGGUAUGAGAAAGGUUUGCUUAUGUGUCUCUCACUUAUUUACAGAUUAUUUCUUUUGUCAUUUCUCUGCAGUUCAAGAGAUGAGGUGUCAUAUAAUGCCCUCAGCUGCUUGAAAAAAGUGCAGAAAUUGGGUGACAGAUAUAUAACCUGGCAUGUUGAAGUGUGCCUCUAGAGUUACUGGAGUCUUAUUAAUCUCUCUUCAUAUUUUUUUGCAUUUUCCUCCUGCAUGUCUGCGAGGUCUGAAAUACUCCUGAAAGAAAUGUUUACUAAUGCUUGUUUUAUUUUACUUAUACUCAGGUGGAUAAACUGACAUAGUCAUAGGUAUGACCACAGUCACAAAAUAGUGUGAGACAUAAGAAGCACUUGUUCUAACCACUUCCAGCUUAACUACUCCCUUUAUUAAGGAAAAUGAUAUUACUAAUUUUACUGUAAAUCCCUUAAAUAGCUAACAGCCUUUACAGCCCAAAGAGUCCAUUUAUUUAUUUUAAAUGUGAGGGAACAAUUAAAUUUUUUGCAAAUGUUAUUAAAAAAUCUUCUGAAAUCAAACCUUUUGCACGAACAAGUCUUUUUGCUUUCCCUUUGCUUAAACUUUUGUCAUCCACUGGUCUUUUCUCACUGUAGUUGUCUGAGCACUGUACUGGUCUUGGCAACUUAGCACUCACCUUUCGGCUCUUACUUUCUCCCAGGGGCACUUUAUUUUCUCUGUGACAAUAAAAGUCACUCCUUUGUUGCUGUGUACAGAAACCUUUGAAAUUUGUUGUAGAGUAUUGUACAACUGAGGUGAUCUAUCUUGUUUAAAAUACAAAUCAUGGUAACAGUGUAAUAGAUCUUCAUUACUCUGAAAGACUUUUGUAAUUGCCAUUAAAGGUAUCAUUUAGCCCUUGCCAUGAAGUGGUUCAGGCCAUGGCACAGUGAUAUCUAAUGAGACUUUUAAAAGAAUUUACAGAAUUUCUGUAGAAAAAAAUGAAACUGAAGUGCCUAGAAAUUCAUCACCCCUGAACACUUACUGUAUUUUUAUGUGCUUGAAGUGUUUUAAAACAUAAAUAUGCAACCAUAUAUAGUAUUUCAGAGUUGAGAAUUGAAUUUGUUGAUGCUAAGGAAAGAUGAUGGAAUAGGAGCUACUAGAACUACCCCACCUGCUUGUCCAAUAUUUCUUCUGUACAUAGAGCAAAUUACAGUGCUAAUUCAUGUUAUAUAGAAUGGAGAGUUUUGCUUACAGUCUGUUGCUGCAGUCAUAAUUUUUAAAAUUUGAGUAAAAAUACGUCUGUGGGAGACAAUUGCGAAAGAAUGAGAUUGUUUGUUAUAAGGCACAGUUACUGGGGUGAGGGAGGAGAAACAUGAAUGUAUUUAAGAAAGUGGUUGCUCCAAGCUUCAAGGUUAUCAUAGGGGGAAAAAAAUUGUGCUACCAAAACCGAGAGGGAGAGAAGAACAUUUGUAGUGAUUUUGAGAUCUGAAAUAGAAUUUAAGGAAUAUCCAAAUCCUAUUUCACUUUGGCUUCAAAACCCUUUUAUUUCUUGACUAAAAGAAAAAUAUUGUAAUGAUUUUUUUUAAUAUUUUUACACUGAUUAAGUGCAUUUGACCCAUCUUGUUAUGGUAUUUUAUAGUAUUUAGAGUCAUAUACUAAAUUUAUAUAGAUUAGGCAAGAAACACUGGGAAGUUUUAUAAGAGAUCAUGCCAUGCAAAUACAGAUACCUGAAGUAAUCAAUUACAUACUACUGACUCAGUAUUCUCAGAGGGGAAAUGGUUUCUGAGAGAAGUAGCAAGUCUUCAUGAUAAAAGAGAACAUAGUUUUAAAAGUAAAUCUAUAACUUCAUUUCUGCUUCUGUCGGUUGUGAUCAAGUAAAUUAUUUGAGUUCUGCAAGCUGUCUCAGAACUGAAGCUUAAUACAUCAACUCUGGAAUAAGAAUAUGCAUUAAAUUUUGUAUAGUAGCGCAUGUUUCUCAGAUCUGUAAUCUUGUACUGAAUUUUGUGGGAAAAUGUGCAUAUGCUGUUACUAUUUUAGUGGCAAGCUGUAGAUUAUUGUGAAUAUACUUUCUGUACUGAUGUUCAUUGUGUUUGUCUAAUGCAUUUCUUUUGAGGUGCAAAUGAUUUGUCUCUUAAGAGGUUGUUGAAGCAGAAGGUUCUUUAAUGGAAGCAUUUUUAUUAUAAAACUUGAUAUGUAUACGCUCUGCGUAUUUGGAAUUAACACAUUUCACACAUGGGUUCUCUUGAAAACAUUUUACAGGAGUGUUUUCAGCACUGUUGCUAGUAGAACGAACUUACUGUAAUUUAGAGCACUUUUUUUGUGAAUCUUGUGAACCUAAAAAGAGGAAAUAAAGUAUUUACAGACAAAUUGUCAGUUAAUAUAAGCUGACAAUCUCUCUCCCAGUCUUAAAGUGUUUUACGAGUCCUGGUUCUGAUCUUUCAUAGACUCAUAGAAUCAGCUGGGUUGGAAGAGACCUCCAAGUCCAACCCUUGAUCCACUACCACUGCGGUUACUAGACCAUGGCACUAAGUGCCGCAUCCAGUCUCUUUCUAAAAAUCUCCAGGGACGGAGAAUCCACUACUUCCCGGGGCAGCCCGUUCCAAUGUCUGAUCACCCUCUCUGUAAAGAAAUUCUUUCUAAUAUCUAACCUAAACCUCCUCUGGCACAACUUGAGACCGUGCCCUCUUGUCUUGCUGAUGGUUGCCUGGGAAAAGAGACCAGCCCCCACCUGGCUACAACCUCCUUUCAGGGAGUUGUAGAGAGUGAUGAGGUCUCCCCUGAGCCUCCUCCAGGCCGAACAGCCCCAGCUCCCUCAGCCUCCACUCAUAGGACUUGUGCUUGAGUCCCUUCACCAGCCUAGUUGCCCUCCUCUGAACCUGCUCCAUCACCUCAAUAUCAUUCCUGAACUGAGGGACCCAGAACUGGACACAGUACUCAAGGGGUGGCCUCACCAGCACUGAGUACAGGAGAAGAAUCACUUCCUUGGACCUGCUGGCCACACUGUUCCUGAUCCAGACCAGGCUACCAUUGGCCUUCUUGGCCACCUGGGCACACUGCUGGCUCAUGUUCAGCUUCCUAUCAAUCCAAACUCCCAGGUCCCUUUCUGCCUGGCUGCUCUGCAGCCACUCUGUUCCCAGCCUGUAGCACUUCAUGGGGUUGUUGUGACCAAAGUGCAGGACCUGGCACUUGGCCUUAUUGAACCUCAUCCUGUUGGAAUCAACCCAACUCUCCAGCCUGAUCAGGUCCCUCUGCAGAGCCCUCCUGCCUUCCAGCAGAUCAACACUCCCCUAGUGUCAUCUGCAAAUUUGCUGAUGGUGGACUCAACCCCCUCAUCUAAAUCAUCAGUAAAGAUAUUAAACAGAACUGGGCCCAACACUGAUCCCUGGGGGACACCACUAGUGACCGGCUGCCAACUGGAUGCAGUACCGUCCACCACCACUCUCUGGGCCCGGCCCUCCAGCCAGUUCCUAACCCAGCACAGAGUGCCCUGUCCAAGCUGUGGGCUGCCAGCUUUUUCAGGAGAAUGCUGUGGGAGAUGGUGUCAAAGGCUUUGCUGAAGUCCAGGUUGACACAUCCACAGCCUUCCCCUCAUCCACCAGGUGGGUCACCUGAUCAUAAAAGGAGAUCAGGUUGGUCAGACAGGACCUGCCCUUCCUAAACCCGUGCUGGCUGGGUCUGAUCCCUUGUCCAUCCUGUAGGUGCUGUGUGAUUGCGUUCAGGUUGGUUACUUGGUUACGAUUGUGUCAAUGUUUCGUUCCUUUUUUAUCUUUUACUUUUGACCAGCAUGUUAAAUGUUGCAUACAUUUCUAAAGUGACUAUUUCUAAGAUUUCAUAGCUGUAAUAUUCAGUAAAGAGUAUCUACAAGGUUAUUGGCACAGCAGAAAAGCCUGAUGUGAGUUUGAUAUUGUAUAGAUAUCAAUUUGUUGUGAAUGGGUGGUGUCUCUUUGAUAUGUAUUGAACACAAAUAAAAAAUGCAUUUUUAACACCCUACAUGGCUGUGACAGAGGUGCAUUUGCUUACAUAAACAUGUAAAAACCUGUGUGUAACUAUUUAUAUAUGUGCAUACAACUGAAGUAAUUAUUUUUAAAGUACUAUAUCAUCAUAAUAAAAUUACAAGCCAAAUUCUGCUA